AAAUUUUCAUCUUUUUUUUUUUUUUGUUUUCACUCUUUUUGUCAUUGUCAACCGCAUCCAUAGAUCAUGGAACGAUCAUUACCCAAUAUUCUUGUCACUGGUACACCAGGUACUGGUAAAACAACCACCAGUGAAAUGAUUGCCGAAGCAACUGGUUUAAAACAUGUCAAUGUGGGAGAACUUGUGAAAACGCAACAACUUCACGAAGGAUAUCUUGAAGAAUUCGAUACACAUAUCCUUGAUGAAGAUAAGCUAUUAGAUGAAAUGGAAGACAUGAUGAAAGAAGGAGGAAAAGUAGUCGACUUUCAUACAUGCGAAAUCUUUCCCGAAAGGUGGUUUGAUCUCGUCCUUGUGCUUCGCUCGGAUACAGCCAACUUGUAUGACCGUAUGGUGAAAAGAGGCUACAAUAAGCGAAAAAUAGAUGAAAAUAUGGAAUGUGAAAUCAUGCAAGUUGUAUUAGAAACAGCACAUGAAUCCUAUGCGCCAGAGAUUGUGGUUGAAUUACAAAGCAAUACAGUGGAUGAUAUGGAAAGUAAUGUAGAACGAGUACAGAUGUGGUUGGAUGCAUGGAAAAAGAACAAUGUGUAAAUAGAUUUUUUCCGUGGAUAACGUUGUAUAUAUUAUAUUCAUCAGUAAAAAAAGAAGACGAGGGUCGAUGGUGGAGGCAUCAUCAUGAUGGGCCA